AACUUCACCCUAGUCAAACACCUUUUUGUUUUGGUUUUAUGAAUUAGGUUUUGUCAUAGUCUGAGGCUCAAGGUCUUGUUCAUUGGUACAUGUUUACAGUUGCACUUUGAAUUCGCAUCAAACUUCUCAACUCUGUGGUUUCGCUAAUUUCAGCAGUGCAAGGUUGACAGUGCAGCUUUCCUCUUGUUUCUUCUUUUUGAGUUCACUCGUUCUAGUAUUUUGGGUUCCCCAAGGUGGGGCGUAAAGGAUUGGGAUUUCAAUGGAGAUUGAUAGACCUGACGGCCGGAGUCCUAAUCAACUUAGACCCCUGGCCUGCUCAUGUUCUGUCCUGCAUCGUGCCCAUGGCUCGUCCAGUUGGGCUCAAGGAGAAACCAAAGUGCUUGCUGCUGUUUAUGGACCCAAAGCUGGAACCAAGAAGAAUGAAAAUCCUGAAAAAGCAUCCAUUGAAGUUAUUUGGAAACCGAAGACUGGACAAAUUGGAAAAGUGGAGAAGGAGUAUGAAAUGAUAUUGAAGAAGACUUUGGAAAGCAUUUGCAUUCGAACGAUAUAUCCCAACACCACAACUUCAGUUAUUGUCCAGGUUCUCAAUGAUGAUGGUGCUCUUCUUCCAUGUGCAAUAAAUGCUGCAUGUGCUGCGCUUGUUGAUGCUGGAAUUCCCCUAAAGCAUCUUGCUGUGGCAAUAUGUUGUUCUGUAACAGAUAGUGGUUCUAUUUUAUUGGAUCCAACCAAAGAUGAAGAGGAGAAACUAAAAGCACUGGCCAAUUUAGUUUUUCCAAAUGCUAUUGUUUCAGUCCUACCCGAUAGACCAUUGCAGGUGGGUAGUGAGCCUAUGGCACAUGGAAUCAUGACAUCUGUUACACAAGGUGCCAUGUCAGCGGAUGAUUAUCUUCACUGCCUAGAAAGAGGUCGUGCUGCUAGUGCAAGGUUGUCUGAAUUUUUGAGGAAGAACAUAGGACCGAAAUCUACAAGUGAGGGAUCUUAAGCAGGGUGAUUUCCUAUCUUUUUGGAUGUAGUUUAUUAGUGUCUAAUUUCCCCCCUGCAGCAAGGGGGGAGGAUGGGAUAUCUCCGCAGAUAGUGUUGCAUAUAUGUCCCAUUCAUGAAAUUUUCAUUGAAAUGAUUAAAGGAUUUUGUUCGUGGUUGAUUGUAAAAUUGCGAAAGCCAAUCAAUCUGGUCUUUCCUGGUCUCUUGGUUAGUUGUAUAUUAUCUGUCCUUAAUGUAUUUCUGUGUGAAUUUAUAAGUUUAAGCAAAGGAUUGCAAUCA